UUUUAUUUCCAAUGGUCAAAGAUCAUAACGGUUCAGAGAGCCCUCGUCGUGUGCUUGAUUGUUUGGUUUUCAUUCGGGUUUGUGCUGUACACUGUAUUUGGUGACAGGAUGAGACGCGCCAUCAAGAAUUUUAUGCGUAAAAUAAAAACAUUAUAUAAUCAUGAUGAAACAAAGAGUGAUGACACACAAUCAAGAAAUCCAGAUGAAACAAUAGCAACCGUACCUCAUCAAAUUGCAUCAAGCAAUAAAGAUAAAAAUAAAAACAAGUGUUUUGGAGCAAAAUUAUGCAAUCGAGUAAAACCAGAGGGUGAUGAAAAGAGCCUGUGGCUCAUUCUAACACUUUUCUUUUGCAUUCCCUUUUUUCUAUUUCUUUUCCUUGGCGUGCAUUUUAUACUCAACCUUUUGGUGAUGAUGAUCUUCACGGUCAUCGUGCAGUCUGACAUCUUUUCUAUAUUUGUCCAAGCGAUCCUGACAUUUCUGAUCUAUGUAGAAGUUUAUUACAAAGAUUAUCACAAGCGCCACAAUGCGCUGAAGACGGUUCUCCUGAAUUUAUUGAAGGAUGAAGGCGUGUACACCAGUAAAAGUAACGGAGUCUCGAAAAUAACGGAUAAUUUAAUGAAAACCAAAUUCGCGAACCGUAAGAUUGGUAAGUUUAGUAGCACAUAACUUUAAACAUUUAUUUUAUUUAUUACGAGAUAUUUUGUGUUAUGUUGUUGUUCUGGUUGCAUUGGGUUGUCGUUGGGUUGCUGGUUUAAAUAUAGUUUCAUAAGUUUAAAUAAAAAAUUCAACUGUAAGAAAAUGACAGCAGGAUUUUGCUAUUACAUUUAAGAGGAAGAAAGACUUUGGAUGAUUUCCGUUUUUAUUUAUUAAUUUAUAUUGGUCACACGUUUAUUUCCAUGAGGAAAAACACAACAUAAUCCCAAUUAUAGCUAUACUCCGAAUAUAAAAAUUAAUGAAUAAAUCCAAUAAAAAAUAAAAUGCAAGUGUUUUAAGUAUGGCAAAAUCUACUCUACAAAUAUUUUUGAGCUCUUCAAGAAAAUUUUUGUUUUAAUAUUAACAUAAUGUAUAGGGGCUAAGACAAACAUCUUUAAAAAUUUAUAAAUAUAAUCAUUUGCAAAAUUAAACCUUUUUAUGAAAUUAGCCAUUUAAGUUCGUACCUAUUUUUCCAAUCCAUCUAUUAAAUUUAUUUUCUUUUCUAGAAAAAGACACGCCUCCAGCAAAGGUUGCUACAAAAAACACAACGAUUAGCGUCCAGGACGGAAACCUGAUCCUCGAACUAAAUGCUCCAGUACUGUUUUUAAAUACCUAUGAUGUUCGUUCUAUUUCGCAUACGUUCCUGUUCCACUGCUGUCAAAUGGACUGUGAAGGGGCACCGAAAAAGCUUAAUAUUACCAAAGUAAGUGUUCUGAUUAUUAAAUGAAAUGAUUAAAACAGAGUGUGCACACUUCUAUUGCUGCCCACAGAUACUACUUACCAGCUAAGUGCUAUUUCUUAUUUUUAUUUUUAUACCGUUUUUUCUGUUGUUUUGUUCGCUGACGAAGGCUUUCUGCCGACAAGUUCACUGUUUUGUUGCGUUUAUUUUUUCAGGUUUAACCCUUCUCUGUUUUAAUCAUUUUAUUUUGUACUAACCUGAUUGCAGUCUCUCCCCUUAUUACCCCUUUUCAGAUUAUUGCAAUGUUUAUUAAUAUGCUGCAAUAUAUAUAUAUAUAUAUAAUCUUAUUAAAUCUUUAUUUUCAGUCAACAAUUAUUUACUGCUUAUCAAGCAAAUCUUCUAACUAUAUAAAAAAAAUCUGUUUUAAAUACAUUUUUACAAACGAAAAAAAUGUGUUUAUUUUCACUAAAAUCUUCAAAUGCUUUUCUUUUUCAUGACCUCCCUGUAACGUCAUGUGAAAUAAAACAACAAUCAUAUCGUGUAACGCGGUCUAAAAGAUGUAAUGUGUCCUAUUUACAGAUAUCUCUACUGCUGACAGCGACUGUCACGUUUAUUGCCCUGGUGUUUUUGAUUGUCAAGGCGUUUGGUGACAUUUACUACAUCUCCCCUUCAAACAGCUUCAUCUUUUCCUUUGUCACGUCCCUCGCCCCUCUUGUCCUCAAAUACUUCAAUAGUAACUUGUCGUCGGAGAAAAUGGUACAAGAGAAUGACCGCAGGUGAGUUUAUUCGCCGAGUGCUAUGUAUGCGUUCGUUAACAUUUUCUAUCUCCCGUUAACGAUUCCAUUAGUGUCGAGUAUGAGCGUUCAUUAGGAAUUGUUGGGACUCAAUAUUAUGUUCAUUAGUUGUUGAACGCUUUUCCCGCGCUCGACUAUUAUAGUUAGUGAACGCUCUUCCCGCCAUUGUAUUUAUGACGUAUGUCUAUGCAGUGUUGUGACGUAUGUUUGAGUCGUGCUGGCAGUCUUGAGUGGAACCUUGGAGUGAUAGGAUGUUUAUUAUAUUUACUUAGAUAUUAAAGUUAUAGUUAUUAUGAAAAGGAGUUGAGUUUGUUAAUUGAUAGUUAGAAUAGUACGACGCUUCAACGUANAUAUUAUUAUACAUUAUCUCUCUCUCAUAUAUACAUAUAUAUAUAUAUAUAUAUAUAUAUAUAUAUAUAUAUAUAUAUAUAUAUAUAUAUAGAGAGAGAGAGAGAGAGAGAGAGAGAGAGAGAAAUGCACAGAGCAAUAUAUUUUUUAUAAAAAUGGUUAUGAAUUUCAUUUAAAAGGUUCCAGAAAGAAAUACGGAAAAAAAUCAAAACGUUCAGUGAAAAGCUAACCAUAGCUGACGUGCCUGAAAUGUCAUUUCUGAAAGGAAAUGAGACAGGCAGCGGAGGGGACAAAGACCGCAACACAGGUCAAGAGGCAUGUGUGAGCAGGACUGUGCCGUUGAUACAAGGAGGUGGGGGCGCUAACAAGGAAACUCAACCAAAAGAAUUGGCCACACCAAAAUUGGAUCAGCCAGAUAAUGCUGAAUCCCAUGUAGGUGUAGGCAUCUCGGAGAUCCAGUUAUAUCAAGCAGAAGAGGAGGUCAAAACUAGUAACGUUCAAGGCAAAACUAUUAAAGAUACAAUUUCCUCGAAUCCCGGAAAUGAUGUAAAGAUAAACCUAGAUGACCCGUGAGUUUAUUUUAUUUUUUAUUCCACAGAGAAUGCUUUAAAAGGGCCUGAACUUUCAUCACCCUAAUGGAAAUUGUUUUAAAUGCAAUUAAUUUUUAUAUCUUUUCUCGUCAUUUCGCUCUACCUUUUAGUUUUUUUCUUUUAAAAUGUAUUUCUUGACAACAAUAUUCAAAUAUAAAAAAGUAGUCAACCCGCGGUGUAGCAUACACCGCAGAAUUGCUCAUAGAUGAAAGACACAGUUGUCCAAACGGGGUGGGUUUAAGGAUAUAACUGUGAUAUAGCCCACCAAAGAUUUGCGGCAGCAAUGCGUGAACUUCCCAUCUAGUUAAGUUACUUGACAAAACAUGAACUCAAGUAACGCACAUUUAAGAAUCCUAAUUUUUUUUACUACCCUCUUUCCCCAUGAUACGUCGUAGCACAUUUUUUAUUUCACGCCCAUGGACUACAUUAAUAGUCUCAUGUCCCAACCACUUUUAAACCGAAUAUUUUUGACACAAUACUUUAAUUGAGACGUCUUCAUUUCCGAAAAGAAAAUAUUACGCACCAAACGCAAUUGUGUUAAUAAAAAUAGAUACAUAUCAUUUAGUGUAGUUAUCGGGAAUUAUAUUUUGCGCGCUAUUGAACUCAUUAUCGAACUCAUUAUCUAAAAAUAGCCUGCUUGACGUUAGACCCAUCUUGUUUGACCUUUAUUGUCGAAUUAAAUAUAUAUAUAUAUAUAGAUCGUUUAAAUUAAUUUACAUAGAAAAUGCUUUUAACUUUAAAAAAAAAGGUUUUGUAAGCAGUGAUAUGAUUAUUUUUUUCAAAGUUUAAACGAUUUUUCUGUACAUUAUGUCUUUAUAGGAGUUUUAAAACAUUCUCAAGUGUCGUAAAACAUUGAUUCGCUAUGAUUCGAAUUUAACCUUCAACAAAUCACGUCAUAAAAGUAUACAAAGAAUCAAUAAAUGUAAUUCUAUAGGUAUGAAUUAAAGCAUGUUGUGAUGGUUGAGUUCCAUAGCGCGCAAAUUUGAAUUCCCGAUAACUUCGCGGCGGCGUCGGCACUAAUUGGGAUUCUUAUAAAGUGCGUUUGAAUCCAUGUUAUAUCAAUUAUCUUUAAGAGAUGGGAAGUUCGUGUAUGGACGGACUACAUCUAGUAUAUGACAUAAAACACUUUGUAAAUUCAGUUAUCCCCACAGGUAACGUUACACAGAUAUUACAUUUGUAAAAAAAAAUAUCCUGUGGAUUAAACACAGUUACAUAUUAUCUAGCUAAUAUACCCACCGUGGCCCGUGUUUCCAAAUUCCAAUAGGGUCUCGAUCUGGUUGGGAUCUAUUUCCCGAUUCCAAAAUGAUCCCGAUCUCGAUGGGAUCCCGAUUCCAAGUGGGAUCCAAUAUCCGUAUUCGAUCCCGAUCAUUUGAGUUAAUGUCAGGAUCGAUUCUUUUCACGUUGUCAAGCCAGACUUCUUUUGCCGAUGACGGGAAAUAAAUUAAUGACAUUAUGAUUGGUAUGGCCUUUAAAAAAAACAAAACAAAAAAAAAACCAAGAUAUUUAAUGAAAAUUAAAGACGUGUGUGAAUAAAUUAUUUUUAUAUUAAGCUAAUAAAUAUAAAAAAUUUACGCUGUGGACCUCGUUAUUUACUGUGACGUUAGGCGAUAAAGAAAUUUGAAGAUUUUAAAAAAAAAAAGAUUUCUUUCUUUUUUUUUAAAAAAUAGAUGAUUCCAUGUCAUCCUUUGUAGAGGAUAAAAAGUCGGGUUUCUGUGGUUUGCCGUCAUGGAAAAAGGGGGUGGGUGGGGAGAAAGAAAAAAAGUUAGUUGGGGGACUAUUUACGCCACUGACUAAUGACAAAAAAAUAUAUUGCCAACAAAAGGGAAAAAAAAUGCUGACGCACAGUUGAUUGGCACUAGAGAUCGACCGAAUUUCGGCUUCGGUUUCGGCGCCGAAAGUGGCCAUUUUAUCACUUUCGGCCAAGUUUCGGUUUCGGCCGAAAUCAGGAAAUCACUUUCGGUCGGUCUCUAAUUGGCACGUUGUCCUGUCUUCAAUGAGAUGUAAACACCGCAGCCGUCUUAAAGUGAUGAUGAUCCAAAUGUCGUCUUGGUGGUGUCCUGCUCUUUCGUACACACGAUGCAAACAGUUUAUCCUUAUUUAUCUCCGGUAUGAUCGAGGCGAAAAGUUGUGAUGGAUAGGGUGUUUUAGUCGUAGCGAUACUAAACAUAUAUAUAUAUCAAAACUUAACAGUCAAUACGUUUUAAAGUGCAAUAUUUUAGUAGUUUUAAAGAGAAAAUAAUAAAAGCCGCUUAACGGAUGAAGAUAAUUAGUAAGGGUCAUAACAACAUUGGAAGUGAUGCUAUACAAUAAUAAUGGUGGGGGAAAAAAAAAGGGGGGGGGAGAAUUAAAAGAGUUGAUUAAUUUUUUAAAAAAAAAUUGGUUAUAUAGUAUCAACAUUGUACUAAACUAAUUCAAAUAUUUGUAACUUUUUUUUAUUUUGCUAUAUCUUUUAGCGAUUGCACCAACAUUUGAGACCGUUCGGGCGGAAGAUUAUAUUGGUAACAAAAUGAUGACACCUAACGAAUCUUACCAACCAACUAGCAAAAAUUGACAUCAACCAUGCAGAAAGAACACUUUAAAAUACAAGAAUUAGUUUUAUUUAUUUAUUUGUUAUUUGUUUUGGGGGAGGGGUGGAAUUUGUAAAAUAGAUCAUUGUUACAAUUAAACAAUGAAAUAUAACUAGUUAUUUUUUGAACAUAAUUGUAUGUGUUUGUGUGCUGUGAGUUGUAUAAAUAAUUUCAAAUGCACAUUAGAUGUGUUUUGUAGGAAUGGGUAAUUUAAAGACAUAUAUCUAUGUAAAAAUGAGUUUAACUCUUGUGAACGUUUAUCAUUUGAAUUAUA